ACAAUGUGCGGCAGGAAGUUACAAGCUUCGAGACCAGUCGAGCUGCCUACACCUCCAUAUUUACUGAGAGCCCUGCAGCCCUUCCAGUGUGAAGCUAUCGGUUCUGUAGCCGGUAAAGCUGUGCGAUCCCCCUCAAUGCGUCUCGGCCUUUAGAGAAGUCGAGGCUCUACUAAUCCAGUUGACACGACUGGAAUUGCCGGGACCUCAUAGCAUAAAGGAAAGGAAUCCCGCAAUUCACGUCGGGGUUGCUCCAUGUUUUCCCACUAUCUUUCCCAAGAAGACCAUAAAAGAACUCCCCACAAUGCUCGACAACUGCACUCCUGCAGGGCCCUGGUGGCCUGGAGAUUCGGGACGCCCUUACACUUCCCACUUGUUGAUACCAGUACAUAGUAAGAGACCCUCAACCCGAGAUGCCCGCAGCCGAUGUUAUUGUGAAUUCCCAUCGAUCAAACUCGAUCAGUUUACCGGUUGCGCCACUCACAUUCCGGAUUUACCCUUGUUAUCGUGGCAAACUCCGAGAGUGCCCUGUGAACGUUCUUAUGAGCAAUGCAGCUUCUUGGCCCCUUGGGCCGGUUCAAGAUGUCCAGAGUUUGAAGAGUUAAGAUUCUCUAAGGGGUACGACAUAGGAAGGAGCUGCGUCUGGGCAGACCCAGCAUUGCGAAGGCAGUGUGCAACAAUAAGGCGGACGGGGCAUCACCGGCCUACUGCCCUGCCACACUGGAUUGCCCCGGCACCGCGCCUACUUUGCUUGCCAGUCAGGGGUCAAAAACAGCACUCGGGGGAAGCACAGCACACAUUGGCCAGCCAUCGACAAAGGCGAUUCUGCCUCUUGUUGUCUUGCACAGACCGCACAAACCAAGCCGCCGCCCGUUGUGACGUGCCCAACUGAUCACGGGUCUCUUUGCCACCGAUGCCCAGCGUUUUCAGGAUGGCAGUGGCAGCGGUUGUCAGUGGCAUUUUCUUCACGAUGGAGUCGGAUUUCUGUCCCGCGAUGAUUCCUGUCCAUACAUCGCCGUGUGGGCCUUGCUCGUCGCCUU